AGGGCUGGAGGUGACGCGUUUGCAUGCAGUGUUAGAGAGACGGUCUCCUUGCACCACGGAGCGUAGCCUUCAACGCUUUGAAAAUAAUACGGAUGGAAUGUACGCACAGCGGUGUUCAAGUCGUUCGGAAGUGUUAGCUAACUGACCAUCUCUCUGUUGCGACGGGUCUCUGACGCUAGCCCUGAUGGAGCUGGGCACUCGAGGAGGCCUGCAGGGGGCUGAAUGCUGCCUCUCCAGUCCCGGGGCUCAGCCUUAAAGAGACCCGCCCCUGCUCCCGCCCCGCCCCGCCCCGCCCCACACCCUCAGCCCCCUCUGCGCCCCGCUGUCCCACCAUGGGGAAACUGAAGCAGAACCUUCUGGUGGCCUGCCUGGUCAUCAGCUCCGUCACGGUCUUCUACCUGGGCCGGCACGCCAUGGAAUGCCACCAGCGCAUGGAGGAGCGGUCCCAGCCGGGCCCCGGGGCCGGAGGGGCCGGCACGUCGCUCCACGCCGGCCGGAACGCCAGCGCUCCCGGCGGCUACAGCAAGGACAUGCCGCUGGUGUUCAUCGGGGGCGUCCCGCGCAGCGGCACCACGCUGAUGAGGGCCAUGAUGGACGCCCACCCGCUGGUGCGCUGCGGGGAGGAGACGCGCGUCAUCCCGCGCAUCCUGGCCAUGAAGCAGAUGUGGAGCCGCUCCGGCCGCGAGAAGAUGCGCCUGGACGAGGCGGGCGUGACCGACGACGUGCUGGACUCCGCCAUGCAGGCCUUCCUCCUGGAGAUCAUCGUCAAGCACGGCGAACCCGCGCCCUUCCUCUGCAACAAGGACCCCUUCGCCCUCAAGUCCCUGUCCUACCUGGCCAAGAUCUUCCCCCGGGCCAAGUUCAUCCUGAUGAUCCGCGACGGCCGCGCCUCCGUGCACUCCAUGAUCUCCCGCAAGGUCACCAUCGCCGGCUUCGACCUGGGCAGCUACCGCGACUGCCUGACCAAGUGGAACCGCGCGGUGGAGACCAUGUACACGCAGUGCCUGGAGGCCGCCGACAAGUGCCUGCCCAUGCACUACGAGCAGCUGGUGCUGCACCCGGAGCGCUGGAUGCGCACGCUCCUGGACUUCCUCCACAUUCCCUGGAACGACGCCGUGCUGCACCACGAGGAGCUCAUCGGCAAGGCCGGCGGAGUGUCCCUCUCCAAGGUGGAGCGCUCCACAGACCAGGUGAUUAAGCCGGUGAAUGUGGAGGCCCUGUCUAAGUGGGUGGGGAAGAUCCCGGGGGACGUGCUGCGGGACAUGGCUGCCAUCGCCCCCAUGCUGGCCCGCCUGGGGUACGACCCCCACGCCAACCCCCCCAACUACGGCCGGCCCGACCCCAGGGUCCUGGACAACACGCGCAGGGUUUUUAAAGGUGAAUUUCAGCUCCCUGAUUUCCUUAAAGAACAACAACAGCUCCAAAAGUCUCCAGAGAAGCCUGACCCCAGUUAGGAGGAGAGCCCUGCCCACUGAAGCUUGAAUGAAAAUGGGAGAGAAGAGCAGCAUGUGAUCACAUGAAGGGUGAAGAGUGGAGCACAGGACAGAAGAGAGGACAUCCAUCGCCAUGACUACAGAGGACAUUCUCUCUCACUCUCUCACUCACUCACUCACACACACACACACACACACACACACACACACACACACACACACACACGCACACAUUCUCUGUCUCUCUCUCUCACACACACACACACACGCACACACACACACUGACACACUCUUUGUCUCUCUCACACACACACACACACACUCUCUGUCUCUCUCUCUCACACACACACGCACACACACGCACGCACACACUCUCUGUCUCUCUCACACACACACACGCACACACACACUCUCUGUCUCUCUCACACACACACACGCACACACUCUGUCUCUCUCACACACACACACGCACGCACACACUCUCUGUCUCUCUCUUGCACGCACACAUGCACACACACACACACACACACACACACACACACACACA